AUGACAAAAAAUUCUUUAACAUCUGCACUAACAGAUUCUGAAUCCGAAGCUUCAACAAGUUAUAAUAAUAACCAUAAUAUUAACUUGAUUGUAAAUCAUAUAGCAAAAUUAGAAGCUGAAAAUGCACGUCUUCAAACACUUUUAAUAAAUAGUAAAGUUGGAGUGAACGAACAAACUAAACCAAUAAAUAAGCGAAAGCUUAUUGUUUUAUCAGAUGAUAAUUCUAAUCAUGAAUUAAUAAUAUCUAAAGAAAAGAAAAAUCUAAACAAAUAUUAUCUGAAGAGAGGUCAAGUUUUUCCUCCAACAUUAGGUGAUUGGGCACCACGUGAAAUGAUUCGAAGAAUUAUGAAUAAUAAACGCGAAAUUACAAGGCGUAAAAAAAUUAAAAGAACUCAUAAAAAAGAUUCUGAUGAACAAGAAAGUCAUGAUUCACCAGAAUAUCAAGAUUCUGAUGAACAAGAAAGUCAAGAUUCACCAGAACAUCAAGAUUCUGACGAGCACGAAAGUCAAGAUUCAUCUUCUGAUGAAUCAGAAAAUCAAGAUUUGGCUUUUUCAUUUUUUGAUGAAAAAUUAAAAAAUAAAGAUAAACAAACCAAAAAGCAAGAAUUUAGUCCACUUCCAAAAACUGUACCAACUAAAAAGCCAAGUCGCGCUACUAAAACUAAUGCUAAAGAGGAAUUUGGUUCACUUCCAGAAACUGUACCAACUAGAAGAUCAACCCGGGUUACCAAAAAUAACUCUAAGAUUAAAAAUCUUGUGUAA